CCUCCCCCGGCCGGGGGCUGGGCUAAUGGUGGCGCAGCGGACGCUUCUGCCGCGCUGUGACGCAGCCAGAGAGGCUGGGCCUUCCCCUCCUCCGCCGCCGGACGGUGACAGCCCCCGGAGAUAGCGAGCGCCGCUGGGGUUGUCGGUGGCGCCUGUCGCCUCGCUCGCCGCCAGGGACCCGGGGAGCAGUUGGCGUUGCGGCUGGCCAUGGUCUCCCGCCCGCCGCUGGAGGGGCAGGAGCAGAAGCGGCGGCCGCAGCCGCCAUUGCGAGCCGGGGCUGCGGGAGUAUGAAGGAUGGAAGCGGACGAGGUGACAAUUCGUGAGCAGAACUUCCACAGCCAAGUGCGGGAGUACACGAUCUGUUUUCUCCUAUUUGCUGUUCUCUACAUAGUUUCCUAUUUCGUAAUCACAAGAUACAAAAGGAAAGCAGAUGAGCAGGAGGAUGAAGAUGCCAUUGUCAACAGAAUUUCAAGAUGCCAAUGGGGAAAGUGGAAAUAUACUCAUAGUGAUCCUUGGAGACCCCGCCUACCCUUUGCUCCCAUGACUCAUGGAGGCUUACACCAGGAACUUGGACAGCAGCAAGGAGUGCUUUGGGCUCAGUUGGUGCCAAAUGACCGUUGAAUGUGCCUUUGGCUGAUUUGGCCUAGAGCUGUCUCUUUGUCUGGAUAGACCUCGAUGAGGAAAAUAUUCUGGUGAUCAUUGCAGUCUGCUGUACUCUACCUAAUAUUUGCAAAUCAAAGGGGGAUAAGUUUCCCUAGGGGUAGACUGCUGAGACUGAUGUAUCUGGCUGCUCAAAAUCGGCAGCCAGCCUAAGGGCAGUUAGAGGGGCACAGGAGGAGGCUGUUUGAAUCAGGGAGGCUUUGAAGGCACAUUUUGAUGAUGAUUCCCAGUAAUGUGUCUUUAUGUGAUGCGUUUGGCCAGGCAAUGCUUAGUUGCCACCUUGAAUUACUCCUGUAGUGCUUGCUUCCUGAGCAUUAAUUGCAAGGGGCAAAUAUUCCUACUUAUAGCCAUUGUGUUUGAUUGUUAGCAUUGAGUAAUGUAUAUAUGCAUGUCAUAAAUAAAGACUCAUUUUAUUUCAAAGACUCAAGUUUAAUAACAGGAUAAAACCCAAACUUUUGGUCAAA